AUGUUGGACGAUGACCAAGAGGACGGGUUCGCACGUGCUAGGGGUUGUGCGGAGCCGACUCGGCAGCACCAGACGCAUACGUCACACGGGUCCGAAACGUCAACUGGAUGCCAGGAGCUUGUCGACAACCUCCUCCGCACCAUUCCCUCCGCUUCCUUGCUCCCCCCUCCCGGACUCCCUGUCCGACUCACCUAUGAGGACCUCUCCCUUCACCAAGCCCUCCGCCGGCUCCUGCCGCCCUCCCUGGACGUUCCUGCCUCUUUCGAGACCGUGGGCCACCUCGCCCACUUGAAUUUACGGGCCGAAGUCCUUCCGUACAAGCACCUGAUCGCCCAGGUCGUGCUGGACAAGAACAGGAAGCGGCUCCAGACGGUCGUGAACAAGGUCGGGGAGAUCGGGAGCACGUUCCGGGUCCUGCCCUUGGAGGUGAUAGGAGGGAAGAAGGACACCUGCGUCCGGGUCAAGGAGAGCGGUGCCUGGUUCGAGUUUGACUACGCGCAGGUGUACUGGAACAGCCGGUUGCAGGGGGAGCAUGCCCGGAUAAUCGACCUGGUCUACGCGAAUGAUCUGAACCCGGAGAGUUACCGGUAUCUCUGCCAUAACGCCGCUUUGAAUAAGGCCCCCUCACCUCGUUCCGUACAAUCAGGACGGGAGGGACUUCCUACGUGCCCUCGCCCGGGAGAAGAAACCCGCUAG